UGAUCACUCUUAUUAGAAGGAAUUUGACCAACAGUGCGGCAUAUUUUGCAAUCAGUUUUUUCCCCAUUAAUUUGUGCUUUUCUCGAGUAAACUUAUUGCAUUUAAAUACGACUGAUUGACAAUGGCACAGAGUAAACUAAAUGAUUUGGCUGGAAAAUUGGGCAAAGGUGGACCACCAGGAUUAACAACGGGUAUUAAGUUGUUGGCUGCUGUUGGAGCUGCUGCUUAUGGCAUCAAUCAAUCCUUAUACACAGUGGAUGGUGGUCAUCGUGCUAUCAUUUUCAGUCGUAUUGGUGGCAUACAAAACGAGAUAUACUCAGAAGGUUUACAUUUCCGCAUUCCCUGGUUCCAAUAUCCAAUCGUCUAUGACAUUCGCUCGCGUCCACGCAAAAUCUCAUCACCUACUGGCUCAAAGGAUUUGCAGAUGAUCAAUAUUUCGUUGCGUGUGCUCUCACGUCCCGAUUCUGUGCGUCUUCCAACCUUGCACCGUCAACUUGGUGUCGAUUAUGAUGAGAAAGUGUUGCCAUCAAUUUGCAACGAAGUGCUAAAAAGUGUUGUAGCCAAAUUCAAUGCCUCACAAUUGAUCACACAACGUCAGCAGGUUUCUUUGCUGAUCCGCAGAGAAUUGGUAGAGCGUGCACGUGACUUUAACAUUAUUUUGGAUGAUGUUUCGCUCACUGAACUGAGCUUCGGCAAGGAAUAUACCGCAGCCGUUGAAGCCAAACAGGUCGCCCAGCAGGAAGCACAGCGCGCUGUCUUCUUCGUGGAACGCGCCAAGCAAGAGAAACAACAAAAAAUCGUACAAGCUGAGGGUGAAGCUGAAGCCGCUAAAAUGUUGGGUCUUGCUGUGAAACAGAACCCCGCCUACUUGAAGUUGCGUAAAAUACGUGCUGCUCAAAGCAUAGCAAGAACUAUUGCAAGCUCACAAAACAAGGUCUACCUCUCAGCCGAUAGCUUGAUGUUGAACAUUCAGGAUUCGGGCUUCGAUGAUAUGACUGAGAAAGUUUACAAAAUCGAAUCGGGUUGGUUUGAUGGAGCUAAGAGGCGAAGUGAUAAAUCGGCGACAACCGUUGGCACUGUCGCCCGACGUACGGCGGACCGUUUGCUUUAAAACGAAAGUGUGCGGAUAUUUUUAACUGAAUUGACACAUUAACUACUCAUAGUACCUACAAUCAAGCAUUUACUGAAAUGUUUCCUUAAAUAAUUUUUGUUUGUAAUAAUUACUUGUGCUUCGCUAGCGUUUAAUAGCGAUUUU